AGGGCCUGCCGCUCCAGAGCGUCGACGCGGACGAGUGGGCCGCGAUGGCGCGGCGGCUCGCGCAGCAGGUGCCACCCGACGAGCUCAUCGCGCGCUUGCCGCUCGCGCGUGUUCGGGCGCUGCCGCCUUCCUGCCCGAUGUUGCAUUUCCCGCACCCGUGGAUGGGCCGAUGCGGCGGAAGAGCUGGCUCCUCCCGAGAGGUUGACGUUUGCAGGUUGGCGCCGUGCUACACAGGGGCGCGGCCGCGCAAGGCGAGCAGGCUGUGGCGAGUACUUUACCUGCUGGGGCUCAUGCUGCGGGCCAGAGCGAGGCGGCUUCCGUUCGCGCUGCUGCCCGCGGAGGCCCACCACGGCGGGCCCGCGGGCAAGCCGCCCUGGCGCCUGCUGCCGGCCAUCGGCGUGGGCGGCGCGGCGGCGGCGCUACUGGCGUGCGCGGUGUCCGCGUGGUCGUGACACCGCCGCGCCGGGCGCGCGCGCGGGGCUUUGGGCGCGGCAGGGGCUGGGCGCGCGGCCUCGCGCUUGGCCGCCCCACCGGUCCUCGCCUGGCGCGGGGGCAGCUCAGCGCAUCGCGCG